AUCCGAAAGUUUAGCCAUAGAACGAGUUCAAAGGAUCAAGAACGUUGAUUUUCACUAACCAAAGACAAAACAGAGAUAGAGACAAUGGAGAAGAACAAAUGCACAUGUAAUAUUAUAAUACUCUAUUGAAUAUGUGCUUUAAUUUUUCGUUUUUCUUUUGCGGAGUUAGAGGAGUUAAAAGCCGUGACUUGUGAGGCUUGUGAGGGAUGUGAAUUGUUUAUGGGAACCUGGAAAUCUUAGAGGAAAUUAUCUGAAGGGGAGAAAGAAAAGGUAUCCCUUUAUUUUGAAUUUGUUUUUCAUAUUUAAAGAAAGUGAUUUAUGAGAAUCUGCCAUUUUCAAGAUUCUUGUUCCAGAAAAGUUUGGCAAGAAUUCAAAUCUCGUUUCUAUAAUCUGCCGUGAGCAAUCUUUUAUUGGAGGAUGAUUUAAAAGACGGAAGAAAAUAGUAGGUGAAGAAGGUGGUUAAUCGGAGUUGGAUAUAUACACAGGAAAUAGCUAGUAGGCGCAAGGUGUUGGAGGAGAAUCAAGAAAUUAGAUAUGAGUGGAAAAGAUCCGGUGAAGCUUGAUGACGACCAACUGGUGGAGCUACGUGAAAUUUUCCGGUCAUUUGAUCGGAAUAAGGACGGUAGCUUGACGCAACUGGAGUUGGGAUCAUUACUUCGGUCGCUUGGUCUAAAGCCAAGCGAAGACCAGUUGGAGGCUUUGAUACAGAAAGCAGACAAGAACAGCAAUGGUAUGAUCGAGUUCUCGGAGUUUGUAGCCCUUGUGGAGCCUGACCUCCUUCAGACUAAGUGCCCCUACACAGAGGAUCAAUUGAAGAAGAUAUUUAGCAUGUUUGAUAGGGAUGGGAAUGGAUAUAUUACUCCGGCAGAGUUGGCUCAUUCCAUGGCCAAGUUGGGGCAUGCUUUGACGGCUGAAGAGUUGACAGGGAUGAUCAAGGAGGCAGAUACAGAUGGUGAUGGGUGUAUCAACUUUCAGGAGUUUGCUCAGGCUAUUACCUCUGCUGCUUUUGACAAUUCUUGGUGCUGAAGGUACCAAGCAGGGCAAAUUCGGUGCUUUACGAAAGAUAUUGGUCAGGCUAUUUUUCUUAUGCAGAAUCUAUAGAAAUACAUGCUUGUUCUGUUCUUGUUUAAACUUUAGUCUUUAGUUUUGCAUUUACUAUCAUCUGUUGCCUUGCAAUUACUCAGUUUUGAGGUGGAAUGGAAAGUUGAGAGGACAAUGGAUUGCACUGGUACUUUUGUGUAAGAAUUCUGUUAUAAUUGAUGCCCAUGUAUAUGACCUGUAAAUUAAAUUCGUUCU